AUGGCAAUCAAAGCGAUUUUAGUGAUCAAUAAGUCUGGGGGGCUAGUUUACCAUCGUAAUUUUUCGAACGAGGAGUCAUUGAGCAGUAAUGACUACCUAAUCAUCGCCAGUACUUUACAUGGGGCCUUUGCAAUAGCGAGUCAAUUAACACCAAGAGCAGUACAGCUAGGCGAAGCUUCAAAUGCAGUAGACUACACUAUACCAUACAUCCCAUAUGUUGGGUUCCCGAGAAGCAAUGCAAAUCAGAAUGAGAAGAGCCGAUUCUCAUCCAACAACGUUUCGAUUACGACCUCUUUAGGAAGUUUUAAAGGGGAUGACUAUUUUAAAGAACCAUUUCAAAGUUGGAACAAGAGUGGUAUAAGGCAAUUGUGCACUGAUCAAUUCACGAUGUUCAUAUAUCAAACGAUGACAGGAUUAAAAUUUAUUGCAAUAAGUACGCAAAUUCCAGCCAAUGUGAACAACAGCGACUACCCAAUCAUUAGUAUACAAGUGGCAGAUAACCUACUGAGAAAGAUUUACUGCGUUUACAGCGACUACGUGAUGAAAGAUCCGUUCUAUUCGAUGGAAAUGCCAAUAAAAUCUGAAUUAUUUGAUCAAAGAGUGAGACAAAUGGUAUCGAAUAUAGCAUAG